GGCAGCAUCGCCCUGUGGUGUGCAACAGACCACAACUCUGACAACACGACAGCAAUGCUGCAGGAGUGGCUGGGGGCGGUGGGGAAGGACUAUCACUCGGUGGCCUUGAAGGUGCAAGAGGAGCCCAGCUCCUACCCUGAUGAGCUUGGUCCCAAGCACUGGAGUGACAAACGCUAUGAAAACGUGAUGAAGUUGAAGCAGGAAGCUCUCAUCUAUGCCCGGGAGCAGCAGGCAGACUACAUCCUGUUCAUGGACACUGACAGCAUCCUGACCAACAACCAGACCCUCAAGUUUCUCAUGGCACAGAACAAGUCGGUGGUGGCCCCCAUGCUGGACUCACAGACCUUCUACUCCAACUUCUGGUGUGGCAUCACACCCCAGGGCUUCUAUCGCCGGACAGCCGACUACUUCCCCACCAAGAACCGGCAGCGCCGGGGCUGUUUCCGUGUGCCCAUGGUCUACGCCACCUUCCUGAUCGACCUGCGCAAGGAGGAGACCUCGCACUUGGCUUUCUACCCACCCCACCCCAACUACACCUGGGCCUUCGAUGACAUCAUUGUCUUUGCCUACUCCUGCCAGGAGGCUGGUGUGGAGGUUCAUGUGUGCAACCAGCAUCACUUUGGUUACAUCAAUGUUCCUGUGAAGGCCCACCAGACGCUGGAGGAUGAUCAUGCUAACUUUGUGCAUCUCACGCUGGAGGCCAUGGUGGACGGUCCCCCCAUGCAGCGCUCCAGGCACAUUUCUCUCCUGCCCAGGCCACUCACAAAAAUGGGCUUUGAUGAAAUCUUCCUAAUCAACCUGGUGCGGAGGCCAGACCGACGGCAGCGAAUGCUGGCAUCCCUGCAGGAGCUGGAGAUCAUUCCACGGGUGGUGGAUGCUGUGGAUGGCAGCACCCUCAACAGCAGUGACAUCAAGGUGCUGGGUGUGGACUUGCUACCUGGGUACUACGAUCCCUUCUCUGGCCGCACGCUCACCAAGGGCGAGGUUGGCUGCUUCCUCAGCCACUACAAUAUCUGGAAGGAGAUUGUGUCCCGGGGGUUGGAGAGGUCGGUGGUGUUCGAGGAUGACGUGCGCUUCGAGGCUGCCUUCCCAGCACGUCUGCAGCGGCUGAUGGACGAGCUGGAGCAGGCACAGCAGGACUGGGACCUUAUCUACCUGGGGAGGAAACAGGUGAACGACGAGGAUGAGGCACCUGUGGAAGGCGUGCGGAAUCUGGUGGUGGCCGGGUACUCGUACUGGACACUGGCCUAUGCCAUCUCCCACCACGGGGCACAGAAGCUGCUGGCCACCAAACCCCUCUCCAAAAUGCUGCCCGUGGACGAGUAUCUGCCCAUCAUGUAUGACAAGCACCCCAAUGAGGAUUACAAGCGGCACUUCUCCCCACGGGACUUGCUGGUGUUUUCAGCUCACCCCCUCCUGGUUUAUCCCACUCACUAUGCUGGGGACAGCAACUGGCUGAGUGACACUGAGACCUCCACCAUCUGGGAUGACGAUGCCAAGAAGACCGACUGGGUUGGCUCACAAAAGACACUGAGGGACUCACGGGGCAGCGCUGGCCACCUCCGCUCCACGGCACGUGACGAGCUCUGAUGGGAUGAGGGAUUGUGAUCCAGCUGGGAGCACCGUGGGCAAGGACCUUUUACUGCCCACUCCCUCUCAGGAGAUGCAGCUGCCCUGGACAGAGCCCCACAGGGUUCUUUGGAUCUGCAUAUGAUGAAUCCACCCAAGGCAGGAUUUGCCCCAGGAAAGCCUUUCCCUGCCAAGUGGAGAGACCAGAGGAGCGCUGUGCUCCAUCUCUGCUGAGGACACAUCUCCAGGACAGUCCCAAUCAAUGCCAACUCUGUCGUCUCCCACCAGCCUGGACUUUGGGGAGUGGACUUUGGGCUGGCACACGUGGUGGCCUCCUGCCACUGACUGGGCUUGUCCCUCGUGCCAUGCCUGGGUGGAAGCCCAGGGAGGAUUAAAGCAGACUGUUUGA